UUUUGCGUUCUGUAAACAGAUUUUCUUGACGCAAUUUGACCACUUUUUUGUACAUGUGUAUGACAUGACACACGUAAGAAAGCAUAUCAUCAUCGUUUUUCCACUCUAUCGGCUAAUGUAAUAAGAUUUUAUAAAUUACGAGAAUGUUUUCUUACAGUGUAUUAAAAGUAGUGUGACAUUUAAUGAAAAUCGCCAAAUUCAUGUCAGUAAUUUCGCUAUUGGCAUUAGAUUCUUGCUGUCUCAUAAUUUUCUGCAUAUUUUCUUUCUUCUCUUUUUUAACUCAAGGUCUUUUUGUACAUAGUUAUAAAUCCAGUUGAAAGAAUUGUAAUGUGCGCGUCAUUCAAUACGAUGCUUUGGUUCGUCGACGCAGUAGUGUGGUCUGCUGUUUAUUCGUUCAAAUCUUACAAUCUGUACAAUUAUACUUACUUAAGUUUAUAAGACAAUUUUUAUUUUUAUUAAAAAAUAAGUUAUUUCAAGCAAGUAUUACUCGUGUUGUUUGGUAACAUACAAUGUAAAUGUAUGUCAAAGAACUUAUAACAUAAAUUUAGUUCUAUCCCGUGUUUUAUACUGGUUACAAAAUCUACAAUAAUCUGUAUUUGCUGUUGAAAAUUAUUUAUUAAUUCUUGAUAUAAAAAGUUUAAAGUUUUUUAAAAAUGAUGGAAAUUGAUCCUCCCCCUCCGUUCAAUAAUAAGGAUGAUGAGAUUCAAUACUGGAUGGAUCUUGCUCAACAGUUACAUCAGAGAAAAGAUGAUGUGGAACGGGAAUUGGAAGAAUUCCAAGAAAAUUCUCAAAUGUUAGAAAAAGAAUUAGAAGCUUCACUGGAACAAACUGAUAAAACAAAUCGUGAAUUGCGACAGAGGAAUUCAAGAUUAGUAUCUGAAGUUGAACAGCUACGAAGUCGAUUGGAUCAACAAAGUAUAGAUUGCUCUAUGUUUCAAUCUAGAGCUCAAGAAUUACAAAUACAAAACAAUCAAUUACUUAAAUAUGUCAGAGAAUUGGAACAAAAAAAUGAUGAUUUAGAAAGAGCUCAUAGGGUUAGCAAAGUAACGGAAGAAGAAAUGGAAGCCAAAUUUAAUGUGGCUCUUGAAAAAACUGCAUUACUUGAAUCAGAAUUAGAUGAAAAAGAAAGUUUAAGGGCAACUGUUCAGCGACUAAAAGAUGAGAUCAGAGACUUGAAACAAGAAAUUCAAGUUCAAGUUCGACAUCAACCUGAUAAUGACAAGUCUGCUGCUGUUGAAAGAGUUCGUAACCAUGUAGACAGUAAUAAGCUACAAUUUGAAUUGGAAACUCAUACUCCUCCUACUAGUCCAAUAUCAACAACAAAUGUGUCAACAUCAACAUUAAAAAUUGGAAAUGGAGUAGGGGGUAUGAUUGGUAACAAUAUCAACAAUAAUGUCAGUCCACCAUCAUUAACACCCUGUACCAGAAUACUUGCCAUGAACAUGAUUGGUGACCUGAUGCGAAAAGUUGGGGCUCUCGAGAAUAAGCUCAAUACAUGUCGAAAUGCAUCAUCGCGAGAAGAUCAAACUGUUCGAGAUCUCUACAGGACUAGAAGACAGCCACGAGUACUUACCACUGCAGUAAUGGGAAACAACAACCACAUUAGAUAUUAAGACCAUAAUUUUCCACUCUUCAACUUCGUAGGAGAAUAUACAUAUUUUUAUUUAUACACAUGCGUAAAAAUCUUUAUUGUUAUAUUA